CCGUUUUGGGUGCGAAGACUCUUGUUCCUCUUGAGCUUCCUAAAAUCGAUCGUUCGUGUAAGUGAAGAGGAUUGAAGUGCGCAUGAAAUUCAUCAUCGAAGCACUGUCACGCGUUUUAUUUGCUCCGUGAGGCCAGUUACUGCGAGUUCAAUUGCGACUCGAUCCGUCCGUACGGACGCGCAACGCUACCCCUAGCCCGCCUCGCCCCCUCUGAUGCAUCAUGCCGGAAGUCAUCACGCACAAGACGCACGUACACCCAUUAUUUUCUCUCGACAAUCUUUCGUGUACUACAUAUUUCUAGAAAGCAUUGUUCGGGCAAGCAUUUUUGUAGUCACCAACACAAAAUUUUAGUUAUAUGUUGUGCAUAGAGUCAAAAUAUCAGAAGAAAACAGGAACAGCGAGCGCGAAGCCGCCUAUCGUGCACUGCGUGAACUAGCGAGCUAGCCAGCUAGCGACGCGCACAGAACCAGAACCAACAUUCAACAUGGGUCUUGCUGUAUAAUCCCGUGUUGUCGAGUUGCCCUAAGAUCGCAAUGAUUAGGAGAAUGUGGGCCCCGUUCAGCUACUGUAUGCGCGGUCGUCGGAAACUGGAGCCAAUUCCUUAGUUAAUUUCGUACUCCCUACAAGACGCGCAGUAGGGUCGUAAACGCGCGAUGGGCUCCAACGCUUCCGUAUUGCAAUGGCACUGCAAAAACUGUACCUCCAUAAACCCGACAGACAGCGGAUCCUGCAUACGCUGUGGCGCAAGUCGAACGGUGCCCGAAGACGACGAUGCAUCCAGGGAACCAUUGCCCCAAAACUCCAAGGACGGAUCUUCGAAAUUCACUCUUACAUCACGUCGCGUGGAGAGCCGAGUGGAGCCCGGAGCGUUUUCCGUUGCUCCUGAAAGGAACCCCAGUGAGAACCCUGAACAGCACAUCUAUGACUUACCCUGUGAUGAUAACACUGCAACUUCUGAAAAACAGGAGAAAAAGCCCCGGUGCAUAAGCUGGCAUGGAUUGCCAGAAGAUGAAGAUGACUCCAUCAUAGAUGAUAUUCCCGAUGACCUACCCCUACCCCCACCUCCAGAAGAUGCAGAUGACACAACAGAUUCGUCUGGAGAAUCUGCUAAAGAUGAUGAGCCCUUGUACGUGGAACUUUCCCAGUGCCUGUCUGAGGAUGCUAGUGGUCUUAAUAGCAAUGGUGUUGUAGCAGGUGAAGUUGUUAUCAACAAGAACUCACCAGCAAACUAUCUAGACCACACAUUCGUCAAGUGCAUCAAAAAGAAGAAGCCAAAAAAAGAUGAACCUACCGAUCCAGGUACACCACCACGGCUCAGUGAAAAGUGGUACUGCUUCCAGUGCCAAGAAUGGAAUUCCUUGUCUAACAAGGUUUGUGUGGCUUGUGGAGAGCCAUUCUGCGAUGACAUUGUUGCCACUGGAACUUUAAAUGGAAAAACACUAGGUCGUGACACAACAAUCAGUUCAGCAGAUUAUGCAACACCACCAGAAAGCCCAUCGUCUCUUGUCCCAACGAUUGAGGAACCGCCACGUCGUAGGCAACAGCCACUCAUUCGACGAGCUUUGAACCGUCUCUUCAGGCUGAGCGCAGAGGGCGGUGCACUUGUCUCAGCAAUAGCCAAUGCCCAUUCCGCAGAUGACGUAACACUUCUGGAUUCCCCGUGGAUGUGCAAGCGAUGCUCGCGGCACAAUGAGGCAUCAUGUGCAAAGUGCCCUGGCUGCGGACUGUCCCGUGUGCCAGCAGCAACCUUUCCGCUGUUGCUACCACGCAACGCGUUCAGCCUUGGCUUUCUGGCUGAAGUUUUGGGUUCUCAGAAGCGCCAUUUUACAGCGCGACGAAGCCGCUCACUUUCUGAAGUCAAAGGAACUCAGACAUUGGAUGGACGCAAGAGCUCUCCGUCAAGCCCUGCUAUUGGUAAUGGCCUGGCUGCUCCCAAGGAGGAUAUGUGGACAUGUUCAGGAUGCUCAUUCGCUCACAACCCCUUUUCAGCCUCGAACUGUGAAGUGUGUGGGACGUCUGAUGGCCGUGGUACCAUUUCGCGCUGGGUCUGUGUGAAGUGCACGUUAAUCAACCCAGGCCAGGACCGAUUUUGCAGUGCCUGUGGUGGCUCCAAGCUGAAUAGUGUGGCAGCAAAACGUUACCAGACACUCAAGCCUCACGAGAGUUGGGUGUGUCCUCACUGCACCUUGCGUAACCCAAACCACCUUGCCGAGUGCUGUGCAUGCAGCACCCAGCGGCCUUCACUAAUUAAUGUUGGCACAGCACGAGCCAGCACUCGCAACCGACGCAUGACAAAGUUGCUCGGGGAGCCCGGUGAAGAUGCUUGGGAAUGCCCGUCGUGUACGUUUCUCAACUCUGGCCCACACGCAGCUUGCGAAAUGUGCUGCACAUCGCGUAGCCUCGUGUCCCUUCGACCGGAGGCUGCACGGCCACGGGGUGCCACAGGGCGUGGCGAAAGUGAACUCAUGGAGGAGCUGCGCCGGAUUGAAGAAAGCGAGGCACGGGAGCGGUGGGACCACAUUGUCUCAUUUUGCAAAGCGAAUCGGGAGCCCUUUGUGGACGACUCUUUUCCACCUCUGCUGAAGUCGCUGUACUACAACCCUGAUGAGCCAAGGGAAGAAAUUGCAGUCAAAUGGCUUCGGCCGUUUGAAAUAACCUGUGACCCCAAGGAAUGCAAGAUAUCGUGGACCGUGUUUCGAACUCCAAUGCCAUCUGACAUAUCCCAAGGCAUCCUGGGCAACUGCUGGCUCCUGUCGGCUCUUGCUGUACUGGCUGAGCAGCCAGAGUUGGUGGAGCGUGUCAUGGUGACUCGCGCCAUCUGCCACCAGGGCGUGUACCAGGUGCGGCUUUGUAAGGAUGGUCAGUGGACAACAGUGCUGCUUGACGACCUGCUGCCAUGUGACGCCAAGGGAUGCCUCGUUUACUCCCAGGCGAAACGGAAACAGCUGUGGGUGCCACUGAUUGAAAAAGCUGUGGCCAAGCUUCACGGCUGCUACGAGGCACUCGUAUCUGGCCGGUGCAUUGAGGGGCUGUCAACAUUCACCGGAGCACCAUGUGAAAGCGUACCUCUUCAAUACUCGUCUUCUCCAAAUGAAGAAGGCAUUGAUGAGGAUCUGAUUUGGGCACAGCUACUAAGCUCAAGGGCUGCUGGGUUUCUGAUGGGUGCCUCCUGUGGUUCCGGCAACAUGCAAGUGAAUGACCAGGAUUACCACGCCGUGGGACUGCGCCCACGACACGCCUAUUCGGUGCUCGACGUCCAAGACGUUGAGGGAGUUAGGCUGGUGCGCCUUCGAAAUCCAUGGGGCCACUAUUCUUGGAGAGGUGACUGGUCUGACAACUCUCCUCUCUGGACACCUGAAAUGCGGGAAGCACUGAUGCCUCAUGGGGCUGACGAUGGCGUAUUUUGGAUGUCAUUCAGCGACGUUCUGAAGUUCUUUGAUUGCAUCGACAUCUGCAAAGUGCGGCCUGACUGGAACGAGGUUCGCCUCCAAGGUGUGCUUCCACCGCAGACAGACAAGGACAGCCAAGCUGUCACCCUGCUCACAGUUCUUGAAGGCACUGAAGUGGAGUUUGGCCUUUUUCAGGAAGGUCAGAGGAGUGCUGAGCGUUCCCGGCGCUGCCAGUUGGACUUGUGCGUGGUUGUGUUCCGGGCACAGGACCCUGCUGCGGGUCUCGUAGGCCCGCUGGUGAAGCACUCCAAACGACAGGUUCGCAGCUUCGUUGGUUGCAACGCAGUGCUCGACCCAGGUUCCUACAUGGUUGUCUGUCUUGCCUUCAACCACUGGCACACCAGCCUCACCAAGAUCGACCAGUACCCAAAGUUCCUGCUAGCUAUUCACAGCUCCAAGCGGUUGCUGGUCGAGACGGUCAUUCCACAUGCCAACGUGCUGGCUGAUGCCAUAAUCAACCUGACUGUGGCCAAGGGAAGGAGGCAUGAGGGGCGUGAGGGCAUGACUGCAUACUACCUGACAAAGGGCUGGGCUGGCCUCGUGGUGGUUGUGGAGAACCGGCUGCCUGACCGCUUUGUCCAAGUGAUCUGCGACUGCUCUGAGAGCGUCAAUGUGGUCUCUACCAGAGCAACUCUCAGGACCGUCGACAGCAUUCCACCACUGCACAGGCAAGUUAUUAUCGUGCUCACUCAACUCGAAGGCAGCGGCGGCUUCUCUAUUGCUCAUCGUUUGACUCACCGGGUGUCCUUCACGGGUGGCCUGCACGACUGGGGGCCCUCGGCGACCAAUCACGUACCACCCAUCGACCGGAAGGUGUAUGGGCUGCACACCCCAAGGCCUCUCUGAUUGUCUAGUCUGCAGAGGCCCGACCCAAACUUGGGAGAUUUUCGGUGGUUUUGUACAUUUGAAAGUGCUCACAUGCAUUUCAAGCAUGUGCAGAUUCUUCGGUCGGCUAUAGCCUCGAGAGGUCUCUACAAUUUGUGCAAACUGCCCAUUGCGAUUGCCUGGAACAAGCGUGUAGUCGCAUUCUCGCGAAGCGGGAUGCUAGGGACUGUGUGAAACUGCAGAUGUGCAGUGCAUUCAUGAGCAUGCCUUUCUACUUCUUUAAAGGUGAAACAUGUAGCCACAGAGAUCACUUUAUGCGCUUGAUUUCAACUGGCGCCUCUUAGCACAUCAUUUUUAAAGAAAAGCACCCACACACAGAAUAGCAUUUCUUUAGCAGUGAUGCAAAACACCACACACACAUUCACAUCCCGAAUCACUUCAGAGAACAUGUAAAUGUUUGUGUUUUCAUGGUCCACCUUUAGAAAAGUAAAAAGAACAACAGGUCUAGAUAACCAUUUGUAAACGUGUCAGCCAGAAUGUGUCUGGUCUGGUCUGACACCCAUUCUACCUUCGUUUCGAAGGUUAGGAGCGUUGGAAAAGGAAAGCUUGCGGCAGCCUUCAUGGCUUGCAGGUUAGUAUGGUGUACACUUAGAAAUGUUACACCUUUUAUGGCGUAAUUUUGACUCGCAACAAUAACAUAAGUCAUCCAUUUGGGCCCUUUCUUCCUCCAAUGCCACGCAUCUGGUGUUUCCUGUCAGGAACACUGUGUACGCACAUAGCAUUCCGGCAUUAGUACGGUACUUAGCGCAUGUCAUUAGAGGAAGUGCCCGCAAGCACGAUGAAGAUUGUUGUUGGUGCUGGCCAAAAAUCAAACCGUAAAGGGAGCAACAUUUUUUUAGGGUGCAGGAAAAGUUAUUGCCCACACUCUUGAAGCACAAACCCACUGCCCUUUGGUUACUGAGUCGGAGGCAAUUCAAAGGUGUGUGCCCCAGCGCCGAUAAAAUCUAGACUCAGGCACAAUAGCCUGUUAUAGCAAGGUUAUUAUAGGACACAUGAGCUUCAAUUGGUAUUUGGCUCUUCUCCUACUGCACAUUUCACUUUCAUAGUGAAGGGAAUUGUAUUAACCCUGGUGCAGCCACCUCUGAAUGGCUUCGAGUUGAACACGCGUGUUAAGGAUGUUCUGCAAGUGCAGCUGGUACAUCUAGAAUGGAAAAACUAUUCUUUUCUUUAGCAAACAGUUGUUUCUUAUAGUGUGCAGUGAGAGUUUUCAAGCAUUAAUGGGUGCGAGAAAGGAGUGUGAUUGUUUGUCUACCAAGCCAGCGUUUGUGCUCUAUUUUUUUGGCAUGUCUGGUUUGCAAGCUGCAUCAUCGGCUUGCUUAUGUUGGAAAGACUGGCUUUAACAAUGCCAUGGAGACAGAGCAUCGCACUCGCAUAGUGCAGGGCUCUGAAGUUGACUGUGCCACCCUGAGCUCUAACCAUUCAGGUGAAUUUAUGCCCAUCGAAACCAAAAUGAAGGUUUCUUUACUGGUCUUUAGGGUGUAUUAGUGUAGCGAAAUCAGACCAGUGUCGACAUGUACCAGAAUACCGAUAGGUGUAGAAGCAAACAGCAGUGCCCCUGGCAGCAUCUUGUAACAUAGUGUUUAACGGAGGUGCACUUGAUUGGAAUGACCGGUUGUCUCGACCAAUCUCCUGGCGUGAAUGUGUUGGCAGUGAUGUAAUCAUCGUGACUGCCUACUCUCCUGACUUCGCUACAAACUUUACAAAUUUGGGCGCACUUUACGAUUUUACUAAUGUUGUGUCAAGGUUUACGAAAAAUAAAGUUUCUUCAAAAAGAAAUUUCGCUUGUAUGUCUCCAGCCCUACUGUUGGAAGACUUCUGAAGGUGAAAGGAUGUCAUAGGGUACUUGCUUCGAGAAAGUUUAUACAGAUGUAAGUUUAUCCUGAAGCAAGUGAAAUUGCCAACAGCAAAGUCUCUUAAAAAGCCACUGUGAUCUAAAGACAAAAUGUUUUGCUUCUCAGUCUCUGCUGUCCUAACUUUGCUGCUGCUUGUGCACAGUAUCUAAAGCUAAAUAAUUCUUAUUAAAGUAUUUAUGUUUUCGACAUAAAUUGUGUGCUCACAGCAAAUUUAAAAGAAAGUUUGUCCUAUUCUCUCCUUACCCUUCCCCCGUCUCGGUGUCACGUCAAAUUUUACAAAUUUUAAUGUUCAGUGGUUGGCAGGUAUGGUACUCUGAUGUGCUUUCUUCUUUUAAAAGGAAGAUUUGUAGAAUGCAAGAAGUUGCUAGUGCAUUAUUGUUGAUCACAAUGUCAGAAGAUGUCACCAUUAGCACUGCUGUUCUCAGAUACGUCUUGCAGUAUUCUGGUACACAUCUGCACUAGCAUGUCCCUGCUAUGCUAAAGCUCUUUCUUCUCUUUCGAAAGAGAGGCUGGAACAAGGGUUAAUGCUGCUCAGUAUGCUGCUGUCCGUAUGCUGCCUCGGGUUUUCUGUAACAAUGCAGCCCCUUCAUCUACAAGGUGUUUUAUUUUUCUAGUUACGUUGUAAUUUAUUUUUAUGCUUUACAUGUUGUUAAUUUGUGUCCUCUCUCCCUUUUGUUCUUUACUGAAUUGUGUGAAGCAACAUUCCACGCUCUGCAGAAGCAUUUGCAUAAUAUAGUGCACUAAACUGUUUACGUGCACAGACACAUGUCAGACGCGUGGACAUUUAAAAUCUUCACAAAUUUCUAGCUCCUCCCCUCUGGUUAGGAAAAGCAAGCAUCGCUAAGUCAUUGUUCUGGAUAUGUCUCUUAACCGGUUCUCUUCCUCUCUCUCUUGUUUUUUUCUUCCCAAUUUUUAGGUUUGUUGUGAACAGAACGUGCGAAAAGACAACGUUCUUUGGAGUAUUUUUCAGAUUUUAUUUUGUGUAGAUGUUACUACUUACAUUCUAGUUCAGAUUUAUAGAAUACUCACUGCUCAGGUCGCAGCAUACUUUUUAGGUUCUAUAUAUUUGUUAAAAUUUUGUUUCAGGUAUUUAGGAAUAUAUGUGUUGGAAAUGUUUGAUCUGUACUGGCAUUUUCAUUGUAGUGGAUGUCCUAAACUAAUGCAGCACUAUAGGAAUGUGCUUUGUGCCAUCAUUUUCAUGCUGUUAUUGCAGGACAGCUGUCUAAUAAGGAAAGCCAUUAGGUCUGCCAACAGAACUGAUUGAUGAAAGAUUUCGCACUGGCUUCUUCGAUUAAAAAAAGAAAAGAGAGAAUUACAAACAGUGGUGAUGCAGACGUACUACUAUCUUCAUGGCACAUUUAAUAUCAUUUUUGCUUUGAACUUAAACUAGUAAUCUGACCUCUAUUUUUAUCACUUAAAGAACAGUAUUGCUCCAGUCACUUGUGAAAUUUAUUGUUGUGUGAAGACAUGUCAGUGUUCCUGUCAGUGAAACACAUGUCUGUUCUGGUUAAUUGCUUCAUAGGUGUUAUGGUCUUGAGGCCAUGUAGGCAGGGCCAGGUUAGUGCAAUACAUAGUUAUAUUUUGAGUGCACUUUUGGUUUUUGUUGCUGUGUGACACAAAUAAUAGUCAAUAUAUAAUGUGUUCUUUCUCUUUAUUUUUUCAUAAUUGUUUCUUUUUUAAACGUAGAACCUGAGACAAAAUUAUUCUUAUGUGUUUGUUACAUUGCCGAGGAGAAAUUGUUCAAGUAUAACCCACUGGUCCAAGCAUAACCCCCUUGUUUUCCCUUUUUUUUAAAUGUGUGUAGCUUUUUUUAAGCUUCAUUGCAUAGUCAAUUCCCUACCCCCCCCCCCCCCCCUCUCCUCUUCUCUUUCCUUAAAAAAAAAGUUUACCAUUGUAAGCAAUGUCGAACUUUAUUUGUCAAUUUUUUUUUUUUUUUUUUUUUGCCUGGCCCCUCUAGUCCUCUGGAAUUAGCUAGAUAUAAUUUCCUGGCGGCAUGUUUGCAACUGUGAAGUUUCUGGGCCCUCAGUGGGCCUAUAUGUAGGGCAGAUUCUAAAGCCAGUGCUGUUUGCAUUGUGUUUGCUCAAUAUGUUAGUAGCAAUAGUUGCACCGAUUGCAACACCAACAACAUUUGCAGUGUCAGACUUCAUUUUUAAUCUCAUACACGGAAUUUUCCAGAAGCUAUUUUCGUGGGUCUUUCGACGCAUGUAAAUUUUUAAAAUUUUUACCUGUUAUGUUUUUGCUACUAUUGAAGAUGUCUUGCAAAACAUGAGUUCAUAACUUUCCUAUUUUUUCUUAAACUUCCAUCUUAAAGGGACUCUAAAAGAGAAAAAUUACUUGAGCUGUAUGAGUAAAUUACCCUUCUACAAUAGUAAAAGCACCACUCUUACCACGAGAAGAGGAUGGGUAAGCCAGAAAAGAUGCAAGAACGAAAUACGGGUGGAGACAUGAUAAUAAAGCUCCCACCCCAGCUCGCUGUGAUGUCAUGGAUUUUGAUGCUGUCUACGUGGGCCUAGCUAAGUUAUUGAUGCAGAUGGACAUCAUUGUAUUCUGAAAGUGCCAGAGAUUGAACUUUGGAAGAUUCAAGGACAUUUAUUGAACCGCAUCAGCUCAAAUACGAAAAAAAAAAAAAAAAACAC